AUGUUGUUCUUCUUUCACUCGCCACCAUCUCUCUCGUCAUCUACUUCCUUCGUGUCCUCCUCUUCACUUCACAGCGACAUCGACUCGGGCCUCAACUUUCCACAAUACAUCGGCGACGACAACCACCACAAAAAGACGCCAUCGCCCUCAUCAUUUCACACCCCACCAUCAUCGCCGUCACCAGCGUCGCCCUCCCAACACAAAUUCGUCCUUCACCUUGAACUAAACUCGGCCCAGGUCAGACUAAGCAUAGACGCCGGGACACGCGAAAAUCACAACCCCCACAGACCCAAUUACCACAAUCACCCCCACCUCCACCACCACCACCAAAAUCCACACCACCAUCAUCAUCAUCACCGGCAACAACUCAAAAUCGGGGUGAAGACUUCGUUUGACCUCGACAUUUGGCACAAGGUCGGGGUCACGUGGUUCGAUAAGUAUGUCACGCUAUCAGUUGAUGACGCGAAACACGUAGAAAGGGUCAACGAUGAGUUACUCGGCAUACUUAAUGAUAUAAUUACUAAUAGUAAUGAUAAUAAUAAUAAUAACAAUAAAAGUAAUAAUAAUACUAAAAAUAAUAAUAAAAGUAAUGAAUAUAAUGGUGCUAAAGAUGAAAGUGAGACCACUGAACGUUUCGAGAGUAAAAAUACUUUCGUUAGUAGUAGUAGUAGUAGCGGCAGUACUGGUAGUAGUAGUAGUGGUGGUGAUAGUAGUAGUAGUAGUAGUAGAAGCGAUGAUAGCGACAGUAAUGAUAGCAACAGUUUUAGUAGGAGUAGUGGUGGUGGUGGUAGUAGUAAUAAAAAACGAAACUUGGUUAGUAGAAAUCCGCUGUUUGAUAGUAAACUCAGACUAGUAUUAGAUAGAAGUACUAGUGCAAGCAGCCGCAGUAGUAUUAGCAGCAGUAGUGGUGGUAAUGGUAGCGGCAGCACCAGCAGCAGCAGUAGUAGUGGCAUUAGUAGUAGUGGUGGUAAAGGUAGCGGCAGCAGCAGCAGUAGUGGUGGUGGUAGUAGCAAUGAGGCCAUCAGCAUUAAUGCAUCUGAAAAAAGUAAUGGCGACAUUAUCUUAAGUGGACGUAGUGAUGAUAGUAUCGACAAAAGAACAUUGCACGCCAGAAGUAGUAAAAAUACUACUACUAGUAUUGGAGGUAGUGGUAGUGGUAGUGGCAGUAGUAGUAGUAGUAGUAGUAGUAGUAGAGACGAUGUUAGUGGUAGUAAUGUUGACACGUUUAUCGUUACGGAAAGUAGUAUUAAAAACAGAGAAAGUAAAAUUACUGCAAGUAGCAGUGAUGGCAGUGGUGGUGGUAGCAACAGUGGAAUUGUGGGUGAUUUGUACAUUGGUGGCGUUCCGCUUAAAGUUCAACACAUGUUUAAGAAGUCACAACAAGUUUUUUCAUCGCACGACUCCCAUCUUCCAAACGUCAUCAUCAUAAAAAGAUUAUGA